GACUCUGCUAAUCAGCCAGCCCAUGGAAGUACACGUAAAACGUGUGAUUUAUCCCAACUCCUGUAACGGAUCGUUAUCAUUACUGGCGAUGAGAAAAGAGGAGAAGACCCGGCUGGAAGAAAUGCGUUUGCUUCCGGGGGGCGACAAUCCACUUCCCGGCACCGGUUUGAAGCAGCUCGCAAGCUAUGGCCGCCGACCGGAAAGAGAUUGUGCCGAGAGAAGAGAGCAAAAGCUAAACUGUCGUCUGUCCGUGAAAGCAUUGAAUGUACGUAUGGUCGGACGCACGAGCGGGGAUUUUUUACACUUUUCGUGUAGCUAUGGCCGUCGGGGACGCCGGGAGGAGGAUGCGUGAGGGAGCAGAAGAUGCGACUGUGAUGGCGACGCCAGAUGUUGAGCAGGAGCAGCAGGACAUCCAGACGAAUGAUUGAUUGAUUGAUUGAGCCAGAAUCAAGACACAAGUCACUGCGGCUUGUGUCCUUCAUGCACGCAUGUUCUAGCGGCCUGCGAGGAAAUGGGCUUCUGCACGCGUGCAUCUGCCGUGCAUAGCUGGGGGCUCGAGAAUUGAGUAUAUAGGCCCAUGCCAUCGCGGUUUGUUUGCAUCAUCGGUCUGGUCCGGGGCUUGGACUUCACUUCGCUUCACCUCUCGGAGCAUUGAGAAACUGCGGAUCGGACUCGAACCAGAGGUUGAAACAAGGAAGACAUGGCCACUCUUCGGAGCUUCGAGGUCCUGGGGAUGGUGGUGCUAGUGGCAGCAGCAGCUCUCGGGCUGCUGGCAGCGCCAGCCUCAUCGGCGGCGUCAUCGGGCGGGAUGUUCGUGGGACUCAAGAGCCUGGACCAUCACACGGAUUCACCGCUGCACAAAUCGGAGUCCACGCUCGCCGAGAGGAUUCAGAAUGCCGUGAAGAGGAGCAACGCCCGAGUGGCGGCGUUCAAGAACGUGGUGGCCAGCGGAAUCACGCCCCGAGGCGUGGACUUCGACUCCACCAUCGAGCUGACGAGCAAAUCGAGCUUCGAGUCGCCCGUCUCGGCGUCCCCAGGGAGCUACAUCAUGGAAAUUUCGCUCGGCACUCCCCCGCAGAAGAAGACAGCCAUCGUCGACACAGGGAGCGAUUUAGUGUGGCUGCAGUGCGCGCCAUGCUCCGUCUGCUACCAGCAGCCGGACCCGGUCUUCGAUCCGACCAAAUCCUCGACCUACAAGAGAAUUCGCUACUUCAGCGACACGUGCGCCGAGCUGCCCUCGAGAUCAUACAGCGGCGGAUUCUGCACGUACCGCUACGGCUAUGGCGAUCAAUCGACCACGCAGGGCGAUCUCGCGCUCGAGACGCUCACGCUCACCACCACCGAAGGCACAGCGCAGAAAUUCGAGAAUUUCGCGUUCGGCUGCGGGCAUCGCAACCAGGGCACCUUCUCGGGCACGGAUGGUCUCGUGGGAUUGGGCCGAGGCGCAAUCUCGUUCAGCGAGCAGAUCGGAGCUCUGAUCGGGUCCAAAUUCUCAUACUGCUUGGUGCCAUUGACGAGCGCCGCCAGCGAGACGAGCCCUCUGAUCUUCGGCGAGGAGGCCGUGGCCACCGGGAACGGGCUGGGCGGACUGCAGUACACGCCGCUGGUGCGCAACCCGGCGGCCGACACCUUCUACUACGUGAAGAUGACCGGGAUCAAGGUGGGCGACCGCGCGGUGACCGGCAUCCCAGCGUCGGCCUUCGCGCUGAGCCGCAGCGGGCAGGGCGGCGUGAUUCUGGACUCGGGCACCACGCUCACGUACCUGGUGCAGUCGGCCUACACGCCCUUCCUGGCUGCCCUGCGGUCCGCCGUCCAGUACCCGCAGGCCGACGGCUCGCAGAUCGGGCUCGACCUCUGCUUCGACCUGGCGGGCGUCGACAGCCCGUCGCUGCCGCCGGUCACUCUCCAGUUCCAGGGCCUGGACCUCGUCCUCCCGCCCAACAACGUCUUCCUGCAGGUGGACGACGCCGGCACCGUGUGCCUUGCCUUCGCCGGCACCUCCGACUUCACCAUCGUCGGCAACAUCCAGCAGCAGAAUCACUACUUCCUCUACGACCUCGAGAACGAGCGCGUCGGCAUCGCUCCCGUCGACUCCUGCGCCAAUCUGUCCAGCAAUCCUGCUGCAAAUGCUGCUGCUGCUGGCGGCAAGGACGAGCUUUGAGGAUCUACGACCAAAAUCUACGUAUGCAUGGAUGCAUGGGCUCGAGCUCGAGGUCAUUCCGGGAUUGAGCUUGGAUUUGCAGUAGGGAGGAUUGUCUAGAUUGUGCAUACUGAUCUGCGUCAACGUGCGGCAGCUUGAAUCUGAAACCACUGACGAACGCAGGAGGCUCGUCGUGUACAUAGGAACCGCAGAACGAGGUCACGUGGUUUGGGCUCUCGGACACGAACCGUCACGAUUCAAUUGGACUUGUCGUCCGUCGUUGUAAAGGCCUAAUAUUUUAUCCGACCACGUAUAAAACCUUGAUGGACCCGUGUUCAAUUCUUGCGGCUGCAGUGUUCUUUCAUUUUUCCUUUCUGCUCGAGCUCUGCUGCGAGUGAGUCACAGCACGUAGGUGCUUUUUUGCUCAUAUUUUUUGUGCAGGCCUGACAGCGACAACUCGAGCUUUCCCCAAGUGUCGUGCAUCGGAUUCGUACGAGAAAUUCAUGAUCUUCCAGUGCGCGCAAAGCAAAGCCCGGCAGCGCUAGUCAGUUUCUGAAACUUGGUGGAGACUUCGUGCAAAGUCUCGAAUUUGGUGGCAGCUUAGCGACGAGCGAAAUAGUAAGUGGCCAGUCGAAUACCAUUCGGGACGAUGAUUCUUGCUCAUCGAUUCGAUUGAUUGUCUAGCAUCUCUGCUACAAUAUUGCCGAGAACAAAAGGUUUGAGUUUGAGUCUUUGAGUUUCUCGAAGUUAUCGUUUCCAAUAUAACCCCUGUAGAUUAUACGAUGAAUCCAUUGAAAGAUGACCAUGUCGAUGGAGCGGCCACCAACUCAGAAAUUAUCUUCAUCGUGACAAGUUACAUAAUUUGAUGUAACUUGUCAGUGAGGGUCAUCGGCUCGUUAGUCUGACAGUCACCACGAAUUUGAAAAACUCCGGAAACCCCAUGGAACCUCAUAAAUUCAAGCUCAAUUUCUUGUUGUCAUGACUUUGAGCAAAUCGAAUGACAAUAGAAAGUAUUUUCACUCGCUGGGUUGAUGAGCCCGUGCACGUCAAUGUGUAUUCUGCUGUUAAUACAGCAGAUUCUUUGCCGUUCUUCGUGGGUUUCAGAGCAAGGGAUUAUUAUCUACUCGUCCGAAAACGCGUUGUGUUCGAUCAUUUCGUUCCCAAGCUCAAACCAUUGAGACGUUCUCCACAC